AGCACGCGAGGUCAUAGGCGAUCGUUAAAACAUGGCGGCAAACUGAUAUGUCAACAAUGCUUCUGCCGAGGAGUGUCGUGGAUAAUUAGCACAUUUCUGUACAGCACAACUGAAUAUCAGCGUUUUCUUGUAAAUAGGGAUCGGACACAUUGUAUCUCUUUGGCGUCUGGCUGUGGUGAGUGUUUGAUUGUGUCGAGUGAGUUGGAUUCGAACCCGCGUGAAUUUUCUGCUGUGCAGCUUGAAGGAAAGAGAGGACGAGCAGCCUGAGCCACUGUUGAAACUUGUCGCUACUCUGUACUGACAGCAGUUUUUGAAAGAACAGGAAUUAAUGGCAGCUGUUGCCCUAAAGUUGGGUGAGCAGAAAGGUGAAAAAAUGGGUUUGCCAAGUGAAAAUGACACGGAUGACCAACCAGCACAUAUUAACCAUGAGAGUAAAGAAGCGGCUCAGGAUUCAGGACAAAAACCUAGCUCCAAUGCUCCCUCAGGUAUGGAUCAGGAAAACCCACUUAAUACAGAGGAAACCCAAAAGAAGCAAGGACCAAAGGCAAAGACUCCUGCCAAAAGGAGAAAAAAGGAGAUCAUUCCACAGACUCCACCACAACAUGACAGUUCAGCAGUCUCGGAUGCUUCUGAACUCACUUCUAGUGGUCGGCCAAAGAGGAGAGCUGCUAAAGUUGCUUUAGAUUACCUCCACAAGCUUGCCAAGGAUCUUGGUGCUCCAUCAGAAUCUUCAAUUAAAGAAAAGUCCAAGUCCGGUGAAGCGUGUGGCACUGACCAGAAAAAGAAAACCGCAAGGGGAAGGGGGACCAAAAGAAAAACUCCAGAUUAUGAAAGCGACCCGGAUGAUGAUGAGGACUUUUCCCCAGGAAAAGACGAAGAGGCAGAGAGCGAAGAUGAAGAAGAUUCAGAGCCAGACGUCAGCUUGAACAUAGAGCGCAGAUUAUCCAGACCAUCUUGCAGGCCAACCAAAGGAAAUUAUCAUGGUCUUCUUCCAAAUGGGUUGGCUAAAAAUGUUAUGGAGCCUGUUUGGAACUGUUUUAGCAGGACCAAAAAAUUCCGGGAUGAAAACUUUUCCCCCUGGGUAUUUCCAGAGUGGAUUCCUUCUGCCAAAGAUUGGCAUUUCCUGUCUAAGAGUGAGGCUGAAAAAUAUUUACCCAAAGAGAAAGAAUCUGCUUCAUUUACCUUUACACGGGAAAGCAUCCAGGGGCAGAUCAACCUGCAAACGGUGAAGAGGUUUGAAUCAUUGGCACCUCAUUCUGAGCGCUGGGAUGCUCUGUUCUUUGUGGGGGGUCCUGUUCGGUCCAUGGAGUGGUGCCCGUGUCCUGACGGUGCGGCAAAAAGACAGUAUGCCGCCAUCUACUGCCACAAAGGCAUGGAUGAUGAACACAAAAUCAAUAAGCUGCACACAGGUCCUGUCUUACUGCAGCUGUGGGACAUCGGAGACCUUGAGUGCAAAAGCAGGCCCUCAACUGCUCCUCAUCUUGCAUAUGCUUUGGCGAUAGAUGAUGGAUGCAUCUGGAAUAUAAGGUGGUGUCCUGCGGGAGUGUGGGAGCUGCCCUCUACCAGCAGAAAGGCUCCACAGAUGCCUAGAUUAGGUGUUCUAGCAGCAGCUUUCUCUAAUGGAACCAUUGGUGUCUACAGUCUUCCACACCCAGAAGCCCUUGCAGCACACCAUCGGAUUAAAGGAGAAACCAGCCAAGCACCGUUGAUAUGCCGGGUGAAGAAAGUUCUGACUUUGAAGAUGGGCUCCAACCAGGCGGAUCAUAAAGGUCAAAGUGGUCUGUGUUUUGCUAUGGAUUGGCUCCAUGUCAAACCACAUAACCUCUUGGCUGCUGGCUUCUAUGAUGGUGAUUUCAUAUGUUUUGUCUGUCUGGUUGGUUUAUGGGAUCUUGCUAGUAAGUCUACACUACUGAAAGUCAAGUCUCCAGACGGAGGUGUGGAUCUCUACCCUUACCACUGUUUCCAUGCUCACGACGAAAAUAUCCGGACCCUGUGCUGGUGCAAAGCCUCAAGUAACUUGUUGGUGACCGUCGGAGAUGACCGCAUGGCAAAAAUGUGGGAUGUGAGAAGAACCUUCGUGCCUCUUUUGACAGUAAAGCGCUGCUUGUCCCCUGAAGUUUACUGGCCCCUCUUUUGGAGCGGCAUCCUGAUGGCUCAGGAGUGUUGCUUUGCCACGUUUGGACAACAUGGGGUUCACUAUUUUGAUUCAGGUUACCUUGGAAUUAAGCCUUACUUCGUGUGUCCUAGAAAAACCACUAUUUGGAGCAUUUCUAUGUCUGACUGGAUAAAUACUUUUGCCGUUGGGGACAAUGGAGGGGAUUGUUUAUUUAGUUUUCUUCCUGAAAUGGAUGUCGACCCCAACACUAUCAGACGACGGAGAUAUUCCGUGUACAGGACUGACAUGGUCCAGUUUCAACCCGAUCAGAGGUCUGGAGAUAAGGAACAGGAGGAGGAAGAGGAAGAGGAGGAAGUGGAAAAUGCUGCAAGUAAUCCUAGGAAGGAGCCACUGAGUUACAAAGGAGCAAUCAGAAAGUACUAUCUCCACUUUCAUGACUUGGACCUGGGGAACUUUGCUAAGCCUGAAAAUCGGGCCAUGAUGAAGCACCUGCACCAGAAUGAGGUCAAAGGUGUUGCUAAAGUGGACCGGAUGCCAUUGAGUGCGCUCUACAAGAUCCGUUUUAACCCAAACAUGGAUGCGUACAACUGGAUCCUUUCGGGCGGGCAGUCGGGUUUGGUGCGUGUGAACUGUGCACGUGGACUGAGCUGCUCCGUGAUGCUCAAGCAGUUGCAUGAAGCUCAAGCCCAGUUCAGCGCCAUGUUCCAGUCUCAGGAGCCCGAUGACUCUGCAACAGCUGUCCGUCACAGCACAGCGGAUACAGUACAAGUGCAAUAGUCUCCAGCCUCUCAGCUCUAUCCUCAAAUGGACUGCUCUGUCCAAAUAGGCGAGAGACUGUCAUUUUUAGAAGACUGAUGACACACACUUUUUAUCCUUAACUUAUAUUGAUAGAAGGACAACUAUUUUGAUACAAACCUCUGUAUGUUCCUGGUUUUAUAUUUUUAUGCAUUUUGUUUUAUUCGUAUUUGUGCUGCACAGAGAGGAAAAUCUUUUACAUUUCUUUGCACCAUUGUGAAGCUCAGACAGAAAGUCUGUUUUUAGUUUAGUAUCUUUUUCUUGAUGCAUUGUCCUUUCCAAGGAUUCCAACAUUGUUUCCUCCUGUUCCAGUUCUGUGCUAUAUAAUGAUAAAACACAUCCAUCUUUACAUUUAGUGAGACAUUUUUUAAUUGGAUCUGUUCAUUGAUCUGCUAUUAUAUUAAGAUCUGUUUUUUUUUCCUUUAGCUCUGUUUUUCUUAUCCUAAAUCUCAAUUUUAAAGGAACAGUUAUACAAAAAAUAAACAACAUCACCAAGUCGU